AUGACACCUUCAGACUCCCAAGUGGCCGGGGUCUGUGGGGCCAGUUCUGCAGAUUCUGCAAACUGCAUUGCACCGAGUUCUAUAAGUCAUCAAGUCACUGAAGCUGCUUCCAAAGAAGAGACGCCGGCGCAGCCUCCUGACUUACCGACUGUUUCCGCGCCAGUUUUACCACCUCCGCAACCACCAGCUGCUCCACCUCCUGCUCCACCUGCACCAGCCCCGCCUUUGCCGCAGAGCGUAGAUCCUGAAGCUGAGGGUUAUGCCUUCAAUGAUCGACAAGCUUGGCUGUCCAUUGGCAAACGGACCGAAAGCGAGUUAGAGAGACGAAUGCGUUUGGCCAUGGAGGAUGAGGUCAAGAUGGAAGCUUUACACUCUGCCGAGGUUCUGGAGCAUCAACAGCAGUCGAUCCACCACGAAUCAUGGGCGUAUUAUGAAGGAGAUUUGAUGCGGAUGGCACACCGAAAGCUGCUGGGCCUGAACAGCUCACUGGUGGUGAUGUGCUUCUCACCCCUCCUUCCCAGUGCCAGUGACGCCAAUUCAUCAGGUGGUGGAUGUCGCGCGGCCCACCUGGAGACAUGGGGUCGAAGCAGUGAAAGCCACGGGGCCGUCCAAGACGCUCCCGACGUGGGCAAGCUAUUGCCACCACUUCCAUGGAGUUCAGCAUUUCCUUUCCUUGAGCAGGCUUCAGUGGGAAAUCACUUGGAGUUGGCUCGGAUGGGAGAUGAUCGAUUUAUUCUAUGCUUCGAAACCGAGCCGGACAUGCAUGUCUCCUACGUCUCCUGUCGGAUGGGUGUAGUGAGUAACAACUCCAUAAGCUUUGGGGAAGCGUUGGAGCAUUCUGCAGCUCAGUUGGUUUCCGUCUCCUCCUUUGGGCAAGGCAGCAUGGAUGUUUGCUACAAGCCGAUUACCGAUCGAUCAAUCCAAUGGCUCAAGAGCCAUGCACCUCUCGGCUUCGAGCACGAUGAGGCCAUGAAAAGCAACACGCUGCGAGCGAGCAGCAGGAGCACUGUGGCAGAGGUGAUUGGGAAGAGGAUUAGUGAAAAGACGCUCGUUCCAGACAAGCCUCAGGAAGAUGAGGAAGAUGAUGGGGGUGUGCUUUACCAUAUGGGCCUGGCGGCCAAGGAAGCGGCACUGAUUCACCGAGGGUACUUCAGCUGGCUCAGCGCUUUCAUGAUGUGCAUUUUCGUGGUGGGCGGCUUCGUGUCGCUUGUUUUGAUGCUCCUUGCCCUACGAAAUAACACCUUCCGCAUGGUGUCAGAAGAAGUGUCCUACAUUGAUGCACCCAAUCCACCUUGGGAGUUGCCACCCUGGGGCUACGUCAGACAACCUGGCGGUGCGGUGUCCCGAAAAAUUGGACAGAAGUUCCGAUAUGCAAUGCCACAAGUGAUGCUUUUCUACUCCCUUUUCUGUGGAUCCUUUGGCCUCUUCACCGUCGCGUACUUCUGCAGUGAAUUACUGGUCCAAGACAUCGGUGCGGAAACUGUGAUGCAGAUGGGUGAGCUGGUGAAAAAGGGCGUGGAUGUUUACCUCCUGCGUUCGAUGCCCGUGAUCUUCACGGUCGUGAUGGUUGUUGCAGCAGUUGUUUGGCUGACUGCUGGUGGGCCCUUUGUCAUCUCCAUGCUCAUCGGGGCCUCGACUUGCAUGUUUUGUGCCAAUUUGGGCACAAAUAUGAACUUUGAAGGUGGCCCACGGCUCACUCAUGCCAUGAACUAUGAUCUCCCUGGAUCCCUGCAAUCGGGUGUGCGGACGGGAGCCAUCGGUGGACUCAGUGCGCACAGCUUGGCCCAGGUGGGCGUAGUGCUGGUGUGGAUGAUUGUUGGUGAUGCCAAUGCUUUGGUUGGCUUUGGUGCAGGUGUGAGCCUGAUCUCCUUCUACAUUCGAGUGGGCGGCGGUAUUUUCUCCAAAGGGUCAGAUAUUGGAGCUGACUUCGUAGCGGACCAGAUCACUGGAGAGAUGGAUGAUGACAUGAAUCAAGAUCAGAUAAGAGAGAUGAAAAAGCAACUGGAAGAUUUGGAUGGCGACGGCGAAAAAGAUGAAAAGGCCAUAGCAGCAGAAAGGCUGAUCAAUCCAGACAGCCAGGUUGAUGAAAUGCAAGAUGCACAGUACGUGACAGCAAAGGAACUGGAAAUUCGAAAGCAUAUAGAAGAAGAAAUGGCUAAAACAUUGAAGACGAUGCACCCGGUGAAUUAUUUGGAUGCCAUCGGCGAGAACAUUGCCGACGUGGGUGGCACAUCCUCCGAUUUGUUUGAAACCAUGUCUUUGACGCUGGCAACCGCCGUGAUAUUGGGCUCGAAGAUCCACAAGGUUCCAUAUUUUGGCACCUCGUUGCCUUUCGCUUUAAUCUCCACCGGCACACUGGGAUGCACGGCGGUGUGCUAUAAGGUGAGAUGCUUCGAGAAGGAUACCGCCAGACGGAUCCGGCGGAGUUUGCAGUGCAACCUUUUCGCGGUCAUCCUUUUGGUGCAAGCGGCUGCCGUAGGUUAUUGCUACCUCCAUUGGCGCAUUUAUCACACCAUUUCCUUCGAUGAGCUUAUUGGCUACAAUGUUAUUAUUUUAACUGGCCUCAUUGCGCCAGAGUUGUGUGCGUCGAUCUGCGAAUUCUUCACUUCUGUGAGCUGCUAUCCAGUGAAGUGGCUGGCGCAGGAUGCUCACCUUGGUCCUAUGCAAGUGAUUUUGCAGGGGCUUGGCCAGGGCUUUGUCUCAGCGGGAAUUCCAUCAGUUGUGAACAUCAUCGUACAGAUCGUGGCCUUCAGGCUUGAAGGUUUCUAUGGCUUGAUGCUACUGGCGUGCGCCAGCCAGUCCUGCACCGGCUGGCAAGCCACAUUGGCCGCCUAUGGUGCUGUGGCGAACAAUGCGCUGCGCAUGUCGCACCUGACUACGGUGAACGAGCUGGCACACCACCGUGCAAAUGUUUGUGCAGCAGUUGGCACUACACAGUCGCACAAUGGAAAGGUUGUGUCAGGACAAAAUGCAUUUUUUGCCACCACCGCAUUGUUGGGCGCUUUGCUUGCUGACAAGCGGACCAAGCAGGGAGUGGACUUUACAUCAACCGUAGGUCAGGAGCUGUCGGAGUUUGCUCGAGCAGGGCUGCUGGCUGGGAUCAUUUUUACAAUGCUUUUCCUGGCGAACACCGUGACCUCCUGCAUUCGGAUGGCCAAGAAGCUGGUCCACUUUUGCAAAGAGAAGCCUGAACAAUCUGGCCCUCGACUCAACAAGACCUUCCCAGCAACGCACAUUAUACCCCUCAAGACCUUGACCGGCUUUGCCGCCAUCGAAUCCUUUCAACUCACCUUCUCACCUAUGUGUCAAACCUUUGCCGCGCCCUUGGUGAUUGGACAGCUUCUGGGGUUUAAAGGUCUCUUGAUGUUGGUGAGUGGCGGCAAUUCUGUGUGCUUCUCAUUGAACAUGUUCCUCAUAAAUUCAGGCCAAGCUUGGGAUGCAGCUCGAAAAUAUGUCCUUUUUGGGAUGCUAGAGGACAAGGAUGGAAAUGUAGUCGGAACCGACAGCCAGCAGUAUGACACACUUGGCAUCGGAGAACAGAUAGGUGGGCCGCUGGAAGACUUGACUGGACCGGCACUCAACAAUUUCAUCAAGUUUGUGGCCGUGGUCAGCUUUGUUACAAGUGAUAUCUAUGACGAGUUUCCGGACAAGACGUGGCUUUGGGGAAUUGCACAAGUCUUUUUGAACUUCGGCCUGGUUGGGUUCUUCAAGUUUGGCCUCGCAGAAGCUGUUCGACAGUUGGAAAGUUUCCUGCGACGUCGACGUGAGGCUGUGGAGUUGGAGGAAGGUGUUGCCAUGCUGAAGGAGAUCGAAAAGCGUGAAAAAGAGCGAGCUCAGCGACUGGAAGGAAUGAAGAAGGAGGAUCAGGAUCUCCAACUGGUCUGA